GGGUGGGGACAUCCAGGGGGCGGGGCCUGUGUCCAGGGGGCGGGGCUCCAGGGGGCGGGGCCUCUGUCCAGGGGGCGGGGCUGUGUCCAGGGGGCGGGGCUGUGUUGAGGGGGUGGGGCCUGUGUCCAGAGGGGCGGGGCUGUGUCCAGGGGGCGGGGCUGUAUCCAGGGGGUGGGGCUGUGUCCAGGGGGCGGGGCGGUGUCCAGGGGCGGGGCUGUGUCCAGGGGGUGGGGCUGUGUCCAGAGGGCGGGGCUGUGUCCAGGGGGCGGGGCUGUGUCCAGGGGGCGGGGCUGUGUCCAGGGGGCGGGGCGGUGUCCCAGGGGGCGGGGCUGUGUCCAGGGGGCGGGGCGGUGUCCAGGGGGCGGGGCGGUGUCCAGGGGGCGGGGCGGUGUCCAGGGGGCGGGGCUGUGUCCAGGGGGGCGGGCUGUGUCCAGGGGGCGGGGCGGUGUCCAGGGGGCGGGGCUGUGUCCAGGGGGCGGGGCGGUGUCCAGGGGGCGGGGCGGUGUCCAGGGGGCGGGGCGGUGUCCAGGGGGCGGGGCUGUGUCCAGGGGGCGGGGCUGUGUCCAGGGGGCGGGGCUGUGUCUAGGGGGCGGGGCUGUGUCCAGGGGGCGGGGCUGUGUCUAGGGGGCGGGGCUGUGUCCAGGGGGCGGGGCUGUGUCCAGGGGGCGGGGCUGUGUCCAGGGGGCGGGGCUGUGUCCAGGGGCGGGGCGGUGUCCAGGGGGCAGGGCUACGGCCAAGGGGCGGGGCUUGUUUUAUGGGCCGGGCUAUGGCUAGUGGGAGGGGCUUGUUUUAUGGGCGGGGUUGUUGCCAGGGGCGGGGCUAUGGUCGGGGCGGGGCUAUGA